GACAAUGGACACCCUUAAGGAGAGGCAGGAGAGCGAAGGGCUGAUCGAGCUCUAUGACUCCUUUGGGGACUUGUUCAACUUUUUUUGUACCAACACUACCAUCCACGGCACAGUCCGGCUCGUCUGCUCCAGCCACAACCAGCUGAAGACGGCCUUCUGGAGCCUGCUCUUCCUGGCCGCCUUCGGCAUGCUCUCCUGGCAGUUUGGAUUACUCUUUGAGGAGUACUGGAAAUACCCAGUCAUCAUGAAUAUCUCGGUCCCCUCAAAGCCCAAGAUGUUCCCGUCCAUUACACUCUGUGACAUGAACCCACACAGGUCUCUGUUCGUGAAGCGGUACCUGGAAGAACUGGAUGAAUUUGCCCAGGAGAACAUCUAUUCCUUAUACAAGUUAAAUAUCACUGAAAAACAAGCAGGGGGUCAUAGCGGGCCUGCUCUCCGUCCCAGUUUUAACAGGCUCUUUCACCUCGACCGAAGCAUCUCCCUGGAGAAGCUGGACAGAGAUGCCAUUAACGAAGUGGGAUUCAGGCUGUGUAACGGCACAGAUGGCGACUGCUUCUACCGCACCCAUUCCUCGGGGGUUACCGCCAUCCAAGACUGGUAUCAGUUCCACUUCAUCAAUAUCAUGGCCCUGCUGCCACCUCAGAAUGAGAAAUUCCACGAAGACCAUGAGGGCAACUUCAUCCUCAGCUGCUGCUACAAUGGAGAGCCCUGUCAGGAGCAUAACUAUAACAUUUCCCGUCACCCCAUCUAUGGGAGCUGUUACACCUUCAACAAUUGGGAAAAGAACAACUGGAGAGCUAAGAGACCUGGUCUCACUCACGGAAUGCUGGCUUCCCGCUCUCUAAUUGGAACCCCCCAGUCUGGUUUGGUAUGGAAAGCCCUGCAGCUGUCUGAGCCAACCGCCUCCCUCAUCCUUCUUUUCUCGUUGCCAGAAAUCAGCUUCUUUCUCAAGGUCGAGCAGAACAAUCACUUCCCAUUGUUGUCUACUGAGGCCGGGGUCAAGGUCAUGAUCCAUGGCCAGAAUCAGAAACCUUUCCUGGACCACCAGGGCAUCAGCCUUCGUCCAGGCACCGAGACCACGAUACAUGUGAGAGAGGAUGAGGUGGAACAUCGAGGGAGUCCGUAUAGCAACUGCACGGAGGACAAUAGGGAUGUGGCUGACCAGCGUCUCUCUGACAGUGUCCACCAGGCUUGUCUGCACUCCUGCCUCCAGGAGCUGAUGAUCCAGACUUGCGGCUGUGGUUAUUACUUCUACCCACUCCCGGAUGGCGCCCAGUAUUGCAACUACAACCAGCAUCCAGCCUGGGGUCACUGCUUCUACAAACUCUACCAAAAGCAGAAGUCUCACAGGCCUUCCUGCUUCAGCCUCUGCCCUAAGCCCUGCAGGGGAUUCUUGUACCAGUUCUCAACCGGGGUCGCCAAAUGGCCCUCAUCUAAGUCAGAGGACUUGAUCCUGUCCGUGCUGGGCAAGGACAGUUCCAGGAACUGGAGGAACAGCAGUGCCAAGGUCCACAUAUUCCACCAGCGGCUCAAUUAUUUCUCUAUGAAGGAAGAGCCCGUGUAUUUGGUCCCUGACCUCCUGUUUGAAAUGGGCAGGCUGUGGGGCCAGUGGUUUGGGUCCUCGGUGCUCUCUAUUGUGGAAAUUCUGGAACUCCUUCUGGAUGUAACAGCCCUGACUUUCGUCCUGGGCUAUCGCCGCUUCUUUGGGUCCAGGCCGAGGCCCCAGCAGGACCUGGCCAGGGAGUGAGGGCCCUGGCCAACCAGCAGGACCUACCUCAGCUCCCAGAGAAGAUGGAGACGGGCUCAGGAAGCUACCUCUCCAGAAAGGGCCCGCUUAAGGCACAUGCUGUCGGCAUCAUGGUCCACGGGAGAUUCCGAGGGCCCUAGCUGCAGUCGGGGCUCUUUCGGGACCACAGUGGAGCACUUUGGGAGCCCCAAAUCUCCCGUCAGUAUUGCUCAGCCCUCCUUGUGUGUGUUCUGUGUGAUUCUAUUUAUAUGCUUGUGCAAGUGAUAUACAAGCCCUUGUGGGUGUGACUAUGUGAGUAUCUGGAGGUCUGUGGGUAUCUGUGAAUGCCUGCUUUUGCACGGGGCCAGGGGUGUCUGUGUGUACCAUCGUCUGGAGGAUUGUAGAUGUCUGUGUCUGUUUUUAUUUAUUUAGCAGAGGAUGCUGAACACACAGGUGUGAAAGCUAUAGCCUCCCCAGUGGUGGGUGGUUGGUUUCUGGCUUUAUUUUUAUGUUUUUCUUUAAUAAAAUAUAUCCAUCCA